AUGCUGCAGGCUGCAAAGGAGGAUCUCGACACUGGCAUCCCCAUCGUGGGGAAGCGCAGGGAGGAGCAUGCCAGAAGGCUCCGCGAGCAGUACAAGCUGAUCGUCGAGACCACUCGGCCAUUCAUGGAGUUGACAGUCCUCCCUGAACAGUUCAAAACAGUUACCAUGCGGUCUCCCAUGGUCCGCCUUUCGGUUGGCGUCUGCCUUCCAGAUGGCGUGCUGAACAUUAUCAUGGUGAAGCAGAAGCUCACGCCGUCUGAGCUGGCCUUUACCAUUAACGCAGGCAGUCUCCGUGUUGCGGGGGCGAGGAAAGUGCGCGCUGACAGUCUGGAAGAGGCCGUGAUCUCCUUUGGCAUGCCCGUGGGCUUUGCGCGUGAAGUGCUCCUUGAGGAUGUAGCGCGCCUCGAAGAUCAACAGGGCUUCACGCCUGGAGCCACACCGCGGCCUUCAAUGCCGGAUGUGCAGGCGCAUGCUCCGCGGCCUGUGCCAAACUCCAGAGCUGAUCGACCCGUCAGCGCUGCAGAUCAGGAAUGGGAAGCUCUCAUGCAGCAGCAGUCCCAGCGGUCGAGCCGCGGACCGGCAUUGAGCGCGCACAAAGCCUCCAGCGCGGCCGACCAAGAGUGGGAAGCACUGCUGCAGCAGCAGGCACAGGCACAGCCUGCACGUGCCGUCCAAGCACCUUCUGUGGUGGACCUGGAGUGGCAGGCCCUCGUACAGCAACAGGCCCCUCCCAGUAGUGCCCAACAAGAAUGGGACGCCUUUCUCCAGCAAGAGCUGCAAAAACAACGAGGACCCAGGAUGCCCGAGGCAGAGCAGGCUCAACACGUGCCUGCACCCUCGACCCCAUCGCAGGCCCCAUCGCAGACCCCAUCGCAGACCCCAUCGCAGACCCCAUCGCAGACCCCAUCGCAGCCGCGACGCCCGCGGUCGGCCCAGACCUCCUUUGCUCGACAGCCACCGCCUUGGCAGCAAGGUGUCAACAUGGCUGGGUCGACCCAGGCGCGCGUGAUGGCUCCCGGGACGAGUCCUGCCGCGCAGUCAGCCAUGGUCAGCCAGCCCAGGCAGGUCGCAGACCAGGCCACAGACCCCCGAACACGUUGGCAUCCACCGCGCGGGCCAAGCACCGGCACCGCCAGUGCCACCGGUGCCACCGGUGCCAUCGGUGCCACCGGUGUCAACGGCAUGCCCUCAGAGCCUCCGCCGCUACCACCUCCAGCAACCUGGCCUGGUACCGAGCAGCCACCCCUGUGGCCUACACCGUCAGGCACCUCAAACUCAGCUCUGCAGAGCACCCAGGCUGCAGCUGUGGGAAGGCCGCUGAGAGCCGAGGAGGAGUGGCCCACCAUGAGACCGGCCCCAGUGGCCGAUGUUGCCCCGGCCGGAGGCGCCAUGCCACGCGGCUUCAUCCCUGUAGAGGGCCAGGUGGAGUUUUUCUCCCAGACCCUGCAGCGAUACGUGCCGGCCUUGCUCGUGGGCCUGGCGGUGGAAGCGACCAGCGCCUGCCUGAGGGAUUCGAAGCGCUUCUGCGGGAGGUUGCCCUGCGGCAGUGGCAAGUUCUCCGGCACCGACUGA